UUUUUUUUUUUUUAUUCUAUUUUAUAUUUUUUCCAUUCUUUACCUUGUUAAGUUUUAGAAGUGCUGAAUUUGGCAACUCCCUGUAUUGGAAAUAUUUUUUUUUUAGGAAAGAACUUUUAUUUUUUUUAAAUAAACAUAUAUCAAAAAAAUGAACCCAGACUUAGCAGAAAGUCAAAGACUUCAGCAACAAAAACAACAACAGCAAUCAACCGAACCACAUAUUGAAGAUCCAAGCAUUUCUGGUGGUGAAGAUUCGGAUAAUGAUAAACCUGCUCGACGUUCUGGAAGAAGAAAGAUUAAGAUUGAAUACAUUGAAGAUAAAAAUAGAAGACAUAUUACGUUCUCAAAGAGAAAAGCUGGUAUUAUGAAAAAGGCUUAUGAAUUAAGCACCUUGACAGGGACACAGGUUCUUUUGCUUGUUGUUUCUGAAACAGGUCUUGUAUACACCUUUACAACUGUCAAGUUACAACCCAUUGUUACAAAACCAGAAGGGAAGAACUUAAUUCAAGCGUGUUUGAAUGCUCCUGAUCCUGUGUCUAAUGAACAAUCCAAUGGAGACGCGUCUUAUGGUAAUGCCUCACCACAAGUUGAAGAUAAAAAAUCAAUUUAUGAAGAUAUAAAGGUAAGAUAAAUAAAUAAAUAAAUAAAUACAGAUAAAAUAAUCAAGUUAUUUUAUUUUCCUUCUUUCUUUGAUAUUAUAGACUGAGCAACCUACAUCUAAUCAAUUGGCAUCACAACAACAGGCACAAACACAGCCUACUAAUGCACCUAGUGGUUAUACUGGAGGUAAUGGAUCAAACGGCGGUUAUCAGCCACAACCACCUUAUACUCAACCACAACCAGGAAAUAAUGCCACUAAUGCAUAUAAUGGUCAUCCCGGCUAUAUCAAUGCACAUAAUCAAAAUAGUCCCUAUCAACCAGCGCCUUCACAAAAUGCUUAUGGUCAAAUGCCUCCACCUGCUUUUUAUAGUAACCAACAGCCUCAUUAUAUGCAACAACAACAACAACAGCAACAGCAACAACAACCUCAAGGCUAUUGGCAACAACAGCAACCACAGCAACAGCCUGGCGGUCUUCCUUUACCAAAACAAGACCAAUCACCUAUUAUGGAUAACAAGUCAAAU